CACUUAACAAAAAAAAAACAAACAGGUAAAAAUUGUCUGUGGUGUAUUUACACCAAUCAACGUCAAAAGUAUUAUUUUGUGAUUGUGAAAGUUAUCGUUUAAUUAAUUAUUUAUAAUUCUAUCAUCAUUUCACUGCUGUCCAGAUAAAUACUAAGAUGUCCUGUCGCAACGCAUCGCACGCGGGCAGCUGGUACACCGAAAAUGGAAACGAGCUGUCCCGUCAGUUGGAUUUAUGGCUGUCGAAAGCUGACCUCACGCAUGGGCCCGCCAGAGCUAUCAUAGCGCCUCACGCCGGCUACUCGUACUGCGGUGCUUGUGCAGCCUUCGCCUACAGACAAGUCAGUCCCGUGGUCGUCAAGCGUAUCUUCAUCCUGGGUCCGUCUCACCACGUGCGUCUGGGGGGCUGCGCCCUCUCGUCGCUGGACAAGUACCAGACACCGCUCUAUGACCUCACCAUUGAUAAACAGAUUUACGCGGAAUUAGAAGCGACCCGCCAGUUCGAAUGGAUGGACGUGCAAACGGAUGAAGACGAACACUCCAUAGAGAUGCAUCUGCCUUACAUCGCUAAAGUUAUGGAAGAAUACCAAACCGGCUUCACAAUAAUACCAAUCCUAGUAGGUUCCCUUACACCUGAAAAAGAGGCUAAGUACGGAUCCAUCUUAGCCCCCUACCUAGCAGACCCUCAGAACUUGUUGGUCAUAUCGUCUGACUUCUGUCACUGGGGGUCAAGGUUCAGAUAUACUUGGAAGGAUAACUCGAGGGGUCAGAUUUAUCAAAGUAUUGAGUGGUUGGAUAAACAGGGUAUGGACAUAAUAGAGAAGAUGGACCCGCGCGCGUUUACUGAUUAUCUCAAUAAGUUCGGCAACACUAUAUGCGGCAGACACCCCAUAGGCGUGUUAUUGCAGGCGAUAUCAAAACUCCGUGGCCAAUCGAAUAGUCCGCGGAUGGCUAUGAAAUUCCUGAAAUAUGCUCAGUCCUCCCAAUGCGUGAACAUGCAAGAUUCUUCUGUAUCGUACGCGAGUGCUUCACUCGUCAUCGAAUAAUAGGUAACACAUAGGAAAUGUAGGCGGACAAGUGUUUUAAAUAACAAUAAAGUAAAAAAAAACUGGUAAAAAGUGUAAUCGCUUUGUCAAGAUUGGUCAUUGGUCCACAUUGCGGUAUAUCAGGAUUGGUCAUUGGUCAACUUUGCGGUAUGUCAAGAUUGGUCACUGGUCUACAUAGACACUGGGCAAUAUUGGUCAUUGGUAAACUUUGUGAUUGGUAAAAAUUGGUCACUGGUCAACUUUGCGACUGGUCAAAAUUGGUCCUUGGUAAAUUUUGUGAUAUGUCAGGAUUGGUCAUUGGUCUACUUUGCGACUGGUCAAGAUUGGUCAUUUGUCAAUUUUGCGAUUUAUCAGGAUUGGUCAUUGAUUAACUUUGCCAUUGAUCAGGUAUGGUCAUUGGUCAACAUUGCAAUUGAUCGAUAUUAUUGGUUAUUGGUUAAUAUUGCGAUUAUAUCAAAAUUGGUCAUCUUUGCGAAUUGGUCAGUUUUCUGAUUGUACAAUUUUGCGAUUGCAGAAAUUCAUAGUUUCGACUUUACUGUAUUUAAAACACUUGUCUGUCUUACAAUGACUGACAUUUAAAAUAAAAUUCAUAAUGGCUGAUAUAACUGACAUCCAUUAAAAAUCUUAUUUUAAAUGAAAGUCAAACUCAAAUAUAGUUCAUCUUUCAAAAUAAGUGCUUCAAAUAAAAUAUACUGUCUAUAAUUUUUAUACCUUUUAUAAGUUAAAAUAGUAGCGUUGAAUAAAAAUAUAAAAAAAGGAAAAAAAGAAACAAAACAUUUUUUUUAAAUAGGCAUCUAUUAAUUUUGGUGAAUUUAUCGUUUACGAUCCUGCCUUUUCAUAUCAUUAGAAAUGAAUUAUGUUUUAAAAUAAAAUGCUUGAAAAGUUAUAUAUCAAAGAUUGUCACACUGCGAGGCAUUUAAAAAGCUACACUUUUGAAAAUCUUUAAAUAAGUAAAACUGUCAAAAUACAGAAUUAUCAAGAACCUUGAAAAGUUGAGUAUGAAUGGAGACAUAACUAAGAAAGAUUUUGAUGUUUUCAUAGCUAUGUUGGGCCAGAAUUUUAGGUACUUUUAGGAUAUACAGCCGAAUUUUACUGAAAAAAAAACAAACGAACAAAAUUUUAUAAUGUUUCUUAUCUUAAUAAGUCAGUAAGUCUGACGCCAGUCUAACCAAGAGGUAUCGGGUUGCCCGGGUAACUGGGUUGAGGGGUCAGAUAGGCAGUCGCUCCUUGUAAAGCACUGGUACUCAGCUGCAUCCGGUUAGACUGGAAGCCGACCCCAACAUAGUUGGGAAAAAGGCUCGGAGGAUGAUGACAUUUUAGACUAGCGUGAAGUCACUACCAACUUCCUGGCGGCAAAAAUAAUUUGACAAGAACUUGUUAUAGGUCUCCAUUCAAACUACAAACUUCUUGGCAGAAUUGUUAUUGAGCCAUCUCUUAAAAAAUCUUUAUAUACGCACAUUUGAACUUAAAUACCUAAUUUAUUGUUCACCUCAAUUUCAGUUUCCACCAAAUAUCUUUGCAAUUGUGAAGUUAGCUACACAUUUGGCUCGUUGCGCAUUUGUUCGUAUAGAAUAGAUAUUGUCGAGAAGCUUUGCUUGUCCGAAGUUGGCUACUAUAAUGUCAGGACACCUUUUCACACACGGUCGGUUAGCCCCAUGGUAAGUUAUUAAUUAACUUGUGUUAUGGGUGCUAACACAACUGAUAAACUACAUAUAGCUACAUAUACACCCCGACCACGGCCAACAAGCAUGCUCAUCACACAAAUGUCGACCGAACCGGGAAUCGAACCCGGGACCUCAGGUUCACAAAUUAUUAUUAUUGACUUCAUAAUAGUCAAAAAUAUAUGAACAAAAAACUACUGCGCAUGUGUGAGACGUUUAAACGGCUAACUUCAGAGUUGCACACUUAUAUGGCGGGAGACAAACAUGCUUUGCUUUAAGAAAUUCUCAAAUAAAUUAACUUAAUAAGCAUAGAGAGGUAACAAAUUGGAAUUAUAUUAUAAAAUAUAUACUUAUGUAGUGUAUUUAAAAGACUUGUAACCGAGUUAAGACCUUUUUACAAUUUAUAUUAUAGUAUUGAUCAUCAUUUUCUGAACGAAAACAUUUUUUUUUUAAUUUUCAAAAUAUAAUAAACCGGGGAGUCAGCUUCUUCCAUACCAAAUUUUAUCAAAAUUUGUCCACCCGUUUGCGCGUGAAGAAGUAACAAACAUACACAUGAAAAAAAAUUUAUUUUCUAUAGUUUUCUUGUUUUCUGUUCAGAAUAUGAUAAUCUUAACUAUAAUAUAAAUUAUGUGCAAAAUAUAACCAAGGUUGUUAUUUUUGUAUAAAAACAUAUUACUAUUUGUAGUGUUCAAAUAUUAUAAUAUUAAUAUUAAGUGAAUAUUAUAGAUAUUAGUAACACCUUAUGUUAGUGUAAAGUUUAGGCCUUAGUAAUUAAUAUUUUGUCCAAAUUCCUCAUUUUUCCUUGAUUCCUGUGUAUACGGAUUGUAUUUUUAUUCAAAAUUUUCUUUUUUAUAAUGAAAUGCAAGCAGAAAAUAUUAGUUUUCUUAAAAAAAUGAAGGAAUAUCAAAGUUAAUGUAAAUCUUAAGAUAUAGUUAUCGGCACGAAUCUUGAGCUCUGACCUACAUCUGCCAAAGAACCAAUCCCGAGUGACGGCUAUGACGCGAUGCACUGCGGGCCAAUCACCGCUUUAGACCGCCCUCGCGCCUCACUUCAUACCACAAAAGGGACCCAAUAAAUUACUUCUGCGCAGAUGUAGGUCAGAGCUCAAGAUUCGUGCCGAUAACUAUACACCAGUCUGGCAAUCCUUGGUCUCCAUCCGUCAAAGUUUAGUCACAAUCCGGCGCCCAUUUAGUCUCAAUUCGGCAACCCAUUGGUCUGAAUUCAGCGACCCUUUAACUCAAUUCGGCGUUCAUAUCAAGCCAUCUCAGCGACAUUUUUUUUAUCUAUGGCAAAAAUCAUCAAAUGCCCCCUUCCGCUGUGGGUUAGCAGCGGUGAGGGAGUGUCAGACUCUUACUGACUAAAAACCGUCGUGUUCCGUCGUAGGCCUUUUAUGUACCAGCGCCGCGGUAACUCGCGCGAACAAUCCCGCAGCCCAUCUUGUUUACCUCAUAGUUAGAAAGGUCGCUAAUAUAACGUCAAUGGGUUGCCAAUAUUGUAUUAGCACCAUACUAAGCUUCAGUUGCACCAUUUAACUAUAACGAUAACCAAACCAUAACCAGUCGUAGGUAUACUUGCCGCCCAUUGCUCACGGCGAUUUGACUACUGAAAAUGGUUUGGUUUUCGUUAUAUAGUUAUCGGCACGAAUCUUGAGCUCUGACUUUCACCUGCGCAGAAGUAACUAUUGGGUCCCUUUUGUGGUAUGAAGUGAGGCGCGGGGGCGGGCUAAAGCGGUGAUUGGCCCGCAGUGCAUCGCGUCAUAGCCGUCACUCGGGAUUGGUUCUUUGCUAAUAAAUCACUUCUGCACAGAUGUAGGUCAGAGCUCAAGAUUCGUGCCGAUAACUAUAGCUAAAUGGUGCGACUCUCCUUAAUAUUCUUUUUGCAUUUAUAGUUUUUUUUAUUUUAUCAUUCGUAAAACAUAGGAAUUGGGUGUUAUUAUAAGUUAUUUUAAAUUAAAUAAUAAUUAAUAAUGUUGGAAAUAUCUGCCGCUUUAAUAAUAUUGUUGUCACUUAAUAAUUGUUUUACGUGCAUGUGACAGAAUUCGGUCUCAAAAGGCAUUUAUUUUGUAAAAACUGUCUCAAUAAACGUUUAAUUUGCUACUA